AUGGCAUCCAGUCGCCCGCUAGGAAAUAUUGACGCCAACACCGUCUCCAUUCCCCGUUCCCGACCUACAACAAAGAAGAAUGCCGCCGCUUCCAUUCCCACCAUCGAUCUUACAAAGGAUGCCGCUGCGAAGCCCAAAGCCACCGCCGCCCCAAAGAAGCGCAAGUCCGAUGCUAUCGAGGAAACGGAAGACCUGUUCCCAGACAAUGUCCCCGAGAUUGACGACGACGACCCACGGAUCACAUACGCGGCCCCGGAAACCUGCAACGCCGUCCGCCGGAAGAUCCGCAACUGGAUCGAGUCUGGCGCGAUGAAGGUUGGCGAAUUCCAGACCGCCAUUGGCGUCAGCCCCGGGGCAUACAGCAACUUCAUGAACCGCACGGGCACCUGGGACGGCGAGGGCUGCGCCGCCUACGCCAACGCCUUCCUCUUCUUCCGGAAGCGCGAGCUGCAGGGCCUACCGCUGAAGAAGGCCAGCAGCAAGCCCAAGAAGGCGAAGACGACGGCGGCGGCCAAGGACGCGGCGGCGGGUCUGUUCGAUGUCAGCGGCGUCGGAUUGCCCGGCGAGGCGGAGGGCAACGUCGCCAUCUACGAUACAUGUGACGAGGUGCGGAAGAAGAUCAGGGCGUUCCUCGCCAAGGACGGCGUGACUCAGGCGGCCUUCGUGCGCGAGAUUUCCAAGACCUUCCCAGAUGACCGCAAGGUGUCGGCUGCGAACCUACGAUACUUCAUGGGCCAGAAGGGCCCAAUCAGCGGAAACACAAACUCGACCUUCUAUGCCGCGUACGUCUUCUUCGAGAAGAUGCGCAUCAAGAGCGGCAAGCCAAAGUCCAAGUUCCGAGAGGAAAUGGAGGGCGUGCAUGGAUAUUCCGGUGUGGACACGGAGCAUAACGGCAGCACGGGGUAUUUCUGCUUGGCCGGUACGAGGCCGGUUAUUGAUAAAUACGGCCGCCUUCACAUCGUCUGA